AUGGAUGCAUUCGUUACGAGGAAAUCCGUCACCAGUCGCGAACCAAAUGGAGCCCGCCAGGGAGGUGCAUCAACUGGAAUUGAUAAGAGACCCUCCAAACGACGGCGGACAGAAGAGAUUCCUGAUUCUGAUGACGACGAAGUUUCAUCUGUCGAGAAUGAAGCUCGAUCUGAAGGCGCGAGUUUCUCAAAACGCCAAGAUGGAGAACCUCCCUUGGAGAAACAGCACAGGGUGACGGAUGUUGAGAGCGCAUUGCCUCAGACUGAGACAGGGCUAGAAGCCAUUCAGGAGUAUGAGAAUUUCAAGCUCUCGCAAACCCAGUCCCAAGAUGAAAGCAAACCCGAAGGGCAGGCGACCUGGGUCAGAGGGAGAAGCUCGAUCUAUGUUGACGCUUUCAACCUUGCCCUAGAUACAGUGUUGGAGGAAGAGACACAUCUCUUUGAUGACAAAGAAAUGGACAUCUUCCGACAGUGGAGAGACUUAAAUUAUGAAGCGCAGUACCUUUAUGUGCGUCUCUUUCUUCGUAAAACAAAUACAUGGCACCGCUCAAAUCGGCUUGGUUACUAUUCAGACAUCUCGGAUCCUGAAAAGGCAAUUGAGACUCUUCAAAUAGCACGGGGUCUACCAAAUGGAGCCAAGAACGCAGAUGAUGUUGUAUUCGGGUCGACGCACCAGGAGCCUCCGCUUGGGGAUACCUUCACAUUUGCUGACAGAUCGGAAGAAUUCAUAAAUACGCUUGAAGAAGCUGCCCCGCUUCUAAACAUGGACGAGCUCAAGGCGUUGGCCAAGGAGGCCAAGGUUCAAGGUCGGAAUAAGCCUGAAUUGAUCCGUUCCUUAUGCCGAAUGAGCCAACAACAAACCAGUCUGAUGUCGCUGGGGCUAAGUCGACACAACAGCCGCGAUGAGUCUAGCUCAAGUGAUUGUAAAACUGAAGAGCGCAAGGCAAAGAAAAAACUCCGCCGGGAAGAUUCGAACCGUGAGAAACAUUUCUUUGCCAAGGUUACGGAUAUUCUUGGUCCAUGCAUCAGACUCUCGCCCGUCACAUACAAUCUAUUCGAGCGAGUUCACCUAGUGUUCUACCGGUCCACUGAGUGGACAGAAAAAUCGCUUACCACCAUUAUUUUAGCCAAAAUCGCGAGGCGACACUUCCCUGAGUACGUUGUGUGCCGUACGUCUACUAUCUUCGCCUCCCGUGCGCAUCUUGUAGAGUUCGAGAACGCCAUCAAGCUUGAGUCUGAAGUGGACCGCAUCUUGGAGCUUGGAGAAACCCCUGGCGAGGCUGGCUUUGAUAAAGUCAUGCAGAUCUUCGACCAGGUGUAUCCUCGGUGGAAGGAGCAGAUAGAUGAGGAACGGGAAAAGGAGCAGCGAGUUUACGAGAUGGGCGAGGGCACUUAUUUGCGGAGGUUUGUGCCUGCCCACUCAUAUACCAGGAUCAUUCACAAGGCGCUCCAUGUCCUGGCAAGGCGAAAAGAGCAUGCCAGGGAACAUGCGCUACUUACAGAACUCCUAGACCAAAGACUCUUCCACAUGGCAAGAAGAGGUUCUUGGUAUCAACGCAAAGCCCUCCUGGAAGAGCAUUACAUGGCCGAGUUGGACGCACACCCUGUGUCGGAGAGCAUGGAACAACAGAAGAAGCACUGGAGGAAAAUCGCAGCGACUACCUGUGCAACUGGUCUUCAAGAUCCAGAGUGCCAUAUCAUCUAUCAUUUCGACCUUCAAAAGCGAUUGAUCAAGCUUGAGAAGAAACUACGUAUUCCGAAGAGGCUCCAACAUGAUUUCGGGCAUGUUCGCCUGGCUGACCCCAUCGAAAUCACUGUCGAAGGCAUCCAACUAAAACGCGAGCUGGCCCCCAAACCUGGCCGCCAAGCCGCAUCGACAAAAACGAUUUGGUUGGAUGGGCAAGAUCCUAGUGAGGAAUGCAGUGUUGAGGAGAUGUGCCUAAGCCACUUUCGAGCGAACGGCUGGAAGGGCUACCAUGCCGAAGGUGGUAUUGUCCGGACGAUUUUUGCUUACUUGUUCUACGACAUCUUGUUUCUCUAUCUGCCCAACGUAUUUCAAACAGCAUAUCAGACAUGUCCUUUAGACUUGCACACGGAUUCGUUUUACCCUGCGCGAGCCUCCGAAAUCAAUCAUCGGCUGGUCGAGAUUGCGAACGGCGAAGGGGAACGACUUGUUCGGGAGGUAUGGGCGAGAGAGCAUGAACGACAAACCAGUGUCAUAGGACUCAACUGGGACUUCGACAUCGAGGACAUCGCCGAACUAGUCAGAUUCUUCGAAGGCAGCGCCCUAGCAACGGUGUGUAAGAUGAUGGCCCAAGAAUACAGACACCGAGGCGGAGGUAUUCCAGACCUUCUUCUAUGGCGGCACCCGGAAGCUACUAUCAAUCAAGAGGGGAAGAAAGCGAGCACGUCGUCUAAAGGCGAGGUCAUGUUCGCAGAAGUGAAGAGUGCCAACGACCGCCUGAGUGACACCCAAAGGCUGUGGAUUCAUGUGUUAACUGGGGCGGGAAUCAAGGUCGCCCUCUGCAAUGCUGUUGCUAUAGAAGUGAGAGAAGUUGACUAG